GGAAGUAUUAACACAAUCAUACAUGAAUAAAACUUUAUACCGUAAGUGAGCAAAGCCCAUCAACAAUAUAUUCACCAACAAGACCAAAAUAUAGCAUAAAAAAAAUAAGGGGUCAAGGGACCGCAACUCUUCAGUAGCUGGAGACACAAAUAACAACAGAAUAAAACAUAGCGAAUUCUGAUUGUUCUUGUUUUUUUUUUCGAAAGGGUAUUUUGUUUUUGAAUCUUUGGAAUUAAGCGAAUAAACGUACCUCAAAACAGAUCUCUUUGCCCUAUAAGAGGCGGGAAUUGGAAUCGUAGCCUGGAAAAUUUAUUUUUGGUCGUCUUUUUCCAAGAGUAUUGAUCGAUUCUUAGUUUUCCUCUCUCUAAGCUCAAGCGUUUCAUAGAGUGGAUAAUUUUGGCUCCCUUUCUUUUACCGGAUCAAUUCCAUUCUCAUCCUAAUAAUAAUAAAAAAAUAAAAGGAACUUUUGCAUUGUAGCUUAUUUUUCUAGUCUCAUUUCCGUAGAAGAUUCAUAUUUGCUACAAUUUCUUAAUCCCCUUCUCCCCUUUCGAAAAAAAAAGGAGGCUAACUUUGUUUAAGAAAUUCAGAGCAUGAAUAUUCUCAAGACAUUCGAGGAGGAUCUCCAUACAAGCACUUACUCAUCGUCAGGUGAGGAACCAAACGACGCCAAAAACUUUUGCACUCCUCAGAACGAACAGCUCCUUGGGGAGAUCUUCCAUUGUUUACCACCCCAGCUUCGGGGAUUAAUUAAUGAGGGGGACCGUCAGCGAAUAAAGGAGUUGGUGACUUGUAUCGUUGAGCUCGGCGAUCCUGCCACCUGCCGCAACCGCGUCGCCGCUUUCGAGCGGUUUAAGAAUGAGUGGGAUGGCACUCAGGAGGGUAGUCAUGAGCUGGAUGUCGUCCGCCCGGCAUUAUUUCUCGAAGCGCCGUCGCUUUUUCUGUCUAUCGAUGAUAUCAUGCGAGCCUAUCGUGUGGGGGGAGUCCCUUACGGGUGUCCGCUGCACUCCGCCGCCGUAGGGGAGGAGGCGCCAGGCUCGAAAGGCUCCAUCUCCUGCACUUGGUCGGGAGUGAUGGAACGGCUCAUGAACUACUGCGAUGCACUCAGGAAAAUCCUCACUGCCGACGAGGGGUACAGAAUUCCAAAGAGCCUCCAGCAGCAGGCGGUGCCCGCCCUUUACGCGUGGCUCACAGACUACGACUUCUUGCUUGACAACGUGACGUAUUGGUUGACGGUUGCGAAUUUGAUGAUCAAGAUCGGUCGCCCCCAUUACGGGCUUUAUGUUGUUCUCCCGUGGCGUCCGCUUGCCGCACUUUUCAUUAACUUAGUGAACGAACGAGAGCCUUCAAAAAUGUGUGGGCGAUUUGGCGCCAUUAUGCGCACUGCUGGCAGUGUGUUGCCGCGGCUGUGUGAGAUCGCGUCGAUGUAUUUCGAUUCCAACGCUCUGGAGGAGAUGUGGCUCGAGUUCUCCCCAAAGUUCACUGCAAACGGGGAUGAAAGUCAUAUUUACCUUUUCCUGCUAUGCAGUCUGCUGCCAGUGCGUCAGCUGCGAAGCGAUACUAGCACGGGCAGCUACGUGAGCCCACUUGUUAAGCGUAUUGUGCAUUUUUUGUUGCGUGAGGCGUACGACUGGCAGCUUCAGCAACGCGAGGCGUGGUUGAUUAUCACGUUCAAGAUUUUGUCCCGCAUGUUUGGCAUGAACGAGGGAUUGGUGAGCCUUGAUGAUUAUUCAGAGCCUCUUUUUAGCAGCAUUUUGCACCUUUUGCACCUACCUAUCGGGAGCGACCCGAACGACCCAUUCGCCGCGGCUGGAAUGACCUCUCAAAAACAUAGCCAGAGCAGGUAUCACAGCAGGAGCGGCGACGGUGGCGCUGCCGACGGUGGCAGUCCGCUUGGCGGUCCGUCCACCGCGCCCACACAUGCGCUGUUUUUCUCGCUCGGUGUGAGCCCCGCGGAGAGGCUGCGUGCGGUGCCCGGUGUGGUUAACGCCCUGACAAACGAUACCAACUCCCCCCUUUGGUGCCAGCUACGACGGCUACUACACGCCACGAGUGUUUUCAUUCGUCGAGGGGUGAGUGCCGUGGAGGCUACGAGCGAGGUCUGCCAGCUCUACAACGGAUUUGUCAUGUCGGUAUACCGUCGGGUGCGGCGUCAGACGCGGUAUUUGAGGCAUCUUGCGCAGGUCCACAGCCAUGCCCAUCGUUCGCCCGUGGAGCUGGCGGGCGAGGGGGAUCGAGGCAGCCCCAGAGACGGCGCCUCCGCGACGAUCGACGAUGAUGAAGACGAGAUCGAGGGCCCUUUGCCGUCGGAGCACGUUUGGACUCGUAGCACGAUCGACAGCUUUGUCGAACUGAUGGCCCCGGUUCUGAUGCCCGCCCUGCAUCUCCAUCUGAGUGGUGUUAAUAAAUCCAUAGCUUUGCUUAUUUCUCUUUCGCCGGCGCAGAUGCUGCCGCACGUGCAGAAGUACAUCAGCACGGCCCUUCACACGCCCACCGAUAUAGAGCAGCAGCGCGCGCGCGUUCUACGGCUCCUUAACGCGGCGGCCUACCCCAUGCUUGGCAAUCAGCAGACGCAGGAGUACUUCAUCGAGUACCUCAGCGAGUCGCUGCCACAAUUUGUGUGUUGGAUCGGCCCGAGUACCCCGCACGUGACGCCGAACCUCAUUCACGUCUUGUUCAACGUCGCCGCAGUGAUACCGCUGCACCGACUCUUUCCGACCCCAGAGAUGGAGUGUGAGGUGAUGGUGCGCUUCUUUGAGCAGGUGGCCUCCGUAUGUGAGGAAAAGCGCGACGAGAUGGAUAUGGGCAUGCUUAGUUGCGCCCACACCAUUCUGCAGACGCUCUCGGAGGAGGCCUACAGUUGUGUCGUGAAUCGUCUCUUCCGGUACGUUGAGGACCAGAGCUCCGGACUUUGCAAGAUUUGCUUACUCACUGCCGUCGGACGGAAAGGGGCGGCGCGUUUGAUUGCCUUCGCCAAGCGUAUCGCCGUACCGGUGAUCCUGAGUAGAGGCAACAACGACGCCGUCACUUCGUGGGCGACGCGUGUGCUGUGCGCGUGCAUCUCUGGCGCCGGCCGCAAUGCCGUGUUCGCGGAGUCGAAGCUGAUUGUGCAGUGCAUUAACGCGCUCAUUUCGCAUAUCACGAGCAUCCGCCGGCUGGGCGACGCGCGGCUGCUGUUUGUGAACCUCGCUGAUGUGCUUCUGCGCUACGAAUGCACGGUAUCACCCUCACACGAUGACAACGGCGACACGGCCUCGUCUGCGUCGCGCGGCGCCGGUUGGGCGAGCGCGGCAGCGCCGUGGCUUGACGAAAUCGACCCCGAUCUCGCCGUCGGGGAGCGCUUCCUGCGGGGCCUCGGCUUCCGCGAUGGCCGCGACGUCCGUCUCCGCUGGUCCGGCCCUGCCGCCCACCACGUCGGAUUCCUGAUGGACCUCUGUGAUGACUUCCUCGGGGACGCGAUGAGGGUGGUUGAGGGGGUGCGCCACGUGGGCCCCUCUGUGGACCCCUGCAGUGGACUCCUGGGGCUGCUCCCGCAAUCGGUGCGGGAGGCUGAGGGGGCGGACCCCGACGGGGUCGACCCUAAAGCCGACCACACUAACUUCGAGGACGGGAGUGAGAGCGCGGAGGAGUUUACCCCACAUAACGUCCUGCACGGCUGUGCGACGUGGAUGCGGUACGUUUAUUUAACCUGUGUGCCACUCUACUACGACGGUACGGAUGGCUUCAAGGGGGAGGGGGCGGGGGCUCCACGGCGGCGGUCCGGUGCGUCUCACCUUUACGAUGUACCGGUCACCUCCGUGCGUGUGCUAGAGGAUACGGCGUGGACGGAGCACAACGUGGCGUGGUGCCCAUAUUGGUUCCUUUCAGAGCGGUGUGCUUUGCCCUUGCCGCGGCCAACCGUCCCGUUCUCGAAUGCAUCCGCUAACGUGUCGCCUCGUCGAUUAAAGUAUGACCGUACGAUGCUGUUUGAGUUUGUUUGCAAGCACAUGCUGCGAAGAUUUUGCGGGGACCCUGCUGCUGAGCUCAAGAGAGCUUUUGACGCCAGGGCUGUCGAGGUGUUUGACCUGGACCUCCUCGUCAGCGGUGAGCCCCCAUUGGAUGCGAAGAGGGGCGAUCAGGGUGACACUCGAGCGCUGGAGGGCGUCUUGAGCUUUUUGAUCGCUCUCACGAGUCUAUUAUCCAAUAAAGCCUUCUCGCACGCGCUUAGAUUUGAAGGUAGAGCCUACAUGCUUGAGAUCGAGCUCAAUUAUCACGAAAAGAUUCGCCAUGUACAGUUGUUUCCGGCGGAAUAUUGGGCUCAUCGCGCGAUGCACGUAGUCAGCACCUACGUGCCGUCCGCACACCACCUCUCGUGCUCUGUCGACAUGUGCCAAAAGCUCCUCAAUGUGACCCACCUACUUUGUUUUUUUCAGCCCCGCGGUCGGGUGCGAAGCUUUUGUGAUACCCUUUUCACUUGUAUGCUUCGAAUCCUCACGCCCCCCUUGCGGCGCGUGUUUUAUGCCUGUCACCUAAAUGCCGUCAACAGGCUCACAGAGUUGUGGUCGCGAAAGAUCGCCGGGAGUGAUGAAGGGGUGCGGCUAUCGCUUGAGGCGCUCGCCUCUCCGCCCACGUGCACAGGGCCCGCUGAGAGUUCCGUAUUGCCGCUUGAGGAUGGAAAAGCACGUCUAGGUGAGAAGGAGAGCCCAUGCAGCGACGCUGAGGACGACACCCGACAGCGGGGGGAUACCUUUCGCACAGCAGAGGCCCGAGAGGUGGUCGACAGCGGCAUGCAGUUUGCCCUUUUGUUCUUCCAAAAUCACCGAUCUUUUGAAAAUUCGGAUAUUCUUUAUCACAUUAUUCGAUCCUUUUCUCUCUGUCCGGAUCAGUUGCUUGGGCUUUCUGUGAAGAACUGCUUACAACAUCUCGUUGCGGUUUUGUUUAGCAUGGUGCCAUAUGCCGACCGGCGGACUACUCAUUGGCUUGUCGAAGAGAUGAUUUUUCUGGCAUCUCGCCUCGCGGCGGUGUCGCCGACGCGCGCCUCUGCAUGUAUGUGUAUCGCCUUUCUGAUGUACCAUCCCCAUGGUGAUGAGCCGUGGCGUGUGCUAUCCACAAGGGCGGUUCAGGUGCUCUUUAAGCUCAGCACGAAUCCGCUCCACAGACUGUGCGCGGCAUCCAUAAAUUUUUUAGUGGUCGUCUUUCGAGGUGUUUGUGGGCCAUCAAGCGGGACCACUCACGUACUUAUGAGCCGCUCUCGUACGUGUCUUCUAGGCUCGGGGGGUGGCCCUUUGCAGCGUGCGGACGGCGACGAAGGCGACUCCGCCUUAGAACCUAAAUUAUCGCAUCUGGAUGGGAAUCCUCCACACAGUGCAUCCGAUGUCUUUGAGAACCCCGAUAACCAGCGAGAGGAUGUGGAAUUUUUCAAGCGUCGUUAUACAAAGUUACGGCAGUGGGUUCCGUUUUUCCGCGUGGGGGAGGGCGGGCAAUACUUUAUCCCAAUCCACAUCACCGUGCCCGUAGAGCGCGAGUGCUUUCCAAGCAACUUCUUUGAAGGGGACGACAGGCCGUUUGCGUGUACUAAUGGUGAUUGUGACUGUGGGUCUGUGCAUUGCGAUGUUCUACAGAGGCGCCAUUUCGUCGAGACGUGUCAAUGUGAUCGUAGGACUGUUCUUUGUCUUUGGGGCCGUGCGAUCGCGGUCUAUUCCGGGUUGACAUCGCAGUCCGUUGAAAGCAGUGACCCGCACGAGAGGAAAGAUAAACUCCACGAAGGGAACACCAGUCUUGAUGUUCGGGAGCCUCAGCUUCCUACCAGCGUCCAGGAGGGCGGUGAUGGUGUGACUGCCGCUGCGCGUAUCCGGGGUUCGUGGGUAUGGGCCGCGUUGGGCUGUCUCAGGGAACUGAAUGAUUACGCCCACCGAAGCUUUUUAGCGACCAAGAUGUGGGUUCUGCUUGGGCGCGUGGUUGGGUACGAACGCUGUCUUCGCCAUUACGUCCUCGUGGUGCGCCUUCAACGCGACGAACUCACAGAGAAGCUUCAUCGCAAGGACCAAACCGCGAAGGAGUCUACCCAGGGCCAAUUUGCCGUCCUCAUGGACCUAUGCUUAGCUUGCCUACAACUCAGCAAGGAGUAUGUGCUGCGCGAGUGGGCUAUUAACGCAUCCAGCGUGGUUCAUGACAGCCUCCAAAUACCAUCGCCGCAGCUUCAUGCGGAUCCUUCUCCUCCCGCAGAAUUUAUGCCGAUUCCUGAAACUAGCGCCACCGCAAAGGAUCUCCGCAUGCUCACGUUGCAGUGCUAUGUCGACACACUUCUCUACACUUGCCAGCGGAGUGUCCCAAAUGAGGUGUCGCGCGUUGCAGCCGCUACUUUUGGUAGGCUGGGCAGCUCCCUGAGUAUGGGGGAGACAUGGUGGCUGUUGGAGGCCUUGCUGAGUAGCCUGACCAUCGCUACCAAUGAUGAGAACCAUGAGGCGUCGUGUGAGGAUGUUUUUUCAUCCUCACCACUGAACCGAGGUAAGCGAGAGAGCUUCUUGUGUGCCGUAUCGGCUCCGAACACAACCAAAGUGAGCGCGAACAUGCAGAAAACCGUGCGCAUCAUGACGUACCUUAGCCAGAUUGUGCGCAAUACUGAGCCUGAGUGGACUGGGGAACUACUCGAGAAGUUGACGCAGUCCAUUCGCGUGAACCAGGGGUUGUUCUUCAGCUCCACCACGUCGUACUCCGGCUUCUGGGCGGCGAGUGUACCGCGGCUGCUGUUACGCUGGUGCCUGAAUCAAGGUAGCAUCAUUCCCGGCAACUAUCGCUUGCUUAAGGAUUUAUCAGAGUUCGCGCUGGAAAUUAUUUAUUGGGUCCCGAUCUCAUCCUUUACCAACUCCACGUUGUUGUUGGGAUCUGCGUCCUCCACCUCGAGCGGUCAGGAUGAGGACAAAGACGAGGCCGCGCACGACCCACAGCCCGCCAGCACAGGGAUCAGUGCCGGCCCCGGACAGGACCCUUGCACCACCACCACCAACACAACGACGACGACGACCACCACCACCACCACCACUACUAUCAUCACAACGACCUCAAAGCCACAAGGUGUGAGGACUUUGAGCACCUCGUGGCCUCCGACGCCCAUCUUAAGCUCCAUAGGGGUCCCGAGCAGCGCCAUCGACACGGCUUUUCUGACCCCGGCGUUCCUUCCCCGGGCCCACGACCCCCUUGAGCGGGAGAAGACCUUCCUCGAGGGCGUCCCCCCAGCGUUGCAGCUCCCUCGAGUUGACAACCUGCGCCCCGUGAGCGUGGAAAAGACGGGCUCCCGGGGCGUUCUACCGACUCCUUCCCUCAUGCCUGUGCCAUCGCCCGCGGGCGUGGUGACGGCUGCCACUGGAAGCCACUCCCCGUCGAUGGUCGCGCCGAAUUUCCCUUCGCCAUCACUGCUGCCAACCCCGAUGGUGGGCCUCGGCGUGCCGCCAGGGCCUGACGUGUUGGCGCCGCAACCCUUCACUGCCGCGACCCCUUUGCUCGGGGCCGAGGAACUCAACGCGGCAGCCCUCGCACCGAUCAAGACUGUUCUCUUCUGCUUUCAGUCCCCACCCGCGGUGCUGGUGGAAAGCUGUGCGCGGCCGCUGCUGACGUUCCUUAUCGCCGCCUUGAACCUUUCCUUCGUCAAGGUUGACAACCUCCACAGCAUCGCCGAAAGCGUCUUGGCGAGCAUCGUGAACCUGCGUCUGCCCAAACAUGUCGUGCACGCGUUGCUCCACAUGUUGUGUGACGCGCUGGUUGGUCAGGCCCCCGACUGCGUUUGCUCCCACAGGUGCCGGAGCGUCCUCACGCAGGCGCUCUGUGUGCUCAUCUUCAAUAACACCCACCGCAUUGGGAAGUAUGCAGUGAUGCAGCGCGUCGCUGAGGCUGUGGUGCAGACAAUAGGCUGCAAGGAUGGUCGUCUACGGGCCCAGGGCUUUCACCUCUUUGCCGUGCUCACUAAGGUCGCGUCUACGGAGCAGACCUUUGCGCUGCUCCAGAUGUACGCCAAGGAGUUGAGGGGCUACUCGUUUCCCAACCCAGGCGGGGAUGGGCUGCGAGCUGCCGUACCCAACUCCCUGCCUGACGUGGGCUCCGAAAACGAGGGUGGCGCUGCAGUUCCUGCAGGCAUGAUUUCUGGAAAGCGGCGGUACGUGGCGCUGGUUCUGCUCCAAUGCGCAGCCCUUUCUGCCGACCCGGGUACAAUUCCAGCGUACAUUCCAAAACUGAUGGAGCGUCUCGCACUGUACUCGCGAAGCCCCAUAGUCGAGGUGCAACGUGCCGUUAAGAAGUCAUUCGAGGCAUGGUGGCGCUCACAUCGCGAGGGUUGGGAGAUGGAGUAUAAGAGUUGUUUCACUGCAUCCCAGUUGGAGGCGAUAUCGACAUUGUUGAUGACACCCACCUACUACGUGUGA